AUGCCGGAAGUGUGGCCUAUUCUCGGAACGAUGACCUUCGGAGCUGAAGGUCAGGUAAAGCCAGAUGCGGUGACGACUAUGCUAAGAAGCUUUGUGGGCACGAGCUGCACGAAAUCCCCGGCAGGUGCAAUGAUUGACACUGCUCGAAUGUAUCAGCAAAGCACGCCGGAUGGUGACACGGAGAGCACUCUGGGGCAAAGUUUCGAGGCUUGCCCCUCCCUUUUAUCCAAAUGUACCAUUGCCACAAAGGCAGCCAAAGCAGUGGCACCUCAUUUCUCAUUGUCAAAAGCUUCAGUGGUAGAGCAGUGCAAUGUCUGCCUUCAGAAGCUUGGCGUGGAUUGCGUGGAUUUGUUCUACCUGCAUGCACCAGAUAUUGACACAGACAUCAAUGACACACUUGACGGCAUUGCUCAGCUUCAUGCUGAAGGCAAGAUGAAGGAGUUUGGUUUAUCAAAUUACCCUGCAUGGGCUGUGGUAGACAUAUGGUACAGAUGCAAGGCACGUGGCAUGGUCCUGCCGACGGUGUACCAAGGCAUGUACAAUGUGAUCGCGCGAGACAUGGAGCGUGAGAUUGUACCAGUGGCCCGCCAGUUCGGCAUCAGGCUUUACAUGUACAAUCCGUUGGCUGGAGGUUUGCUCACUGGACGGUAUCGGACCCUCCAGGAUAUUUCCUCUGCCGACUCCGGUCGAUUCUCUUCUGACUUUGACAAUGCCUUUGGGGGUGCCUUCAAGGCUGGGACGGAUGUGUACCGAAAGCGGUAUGGCAACAAGGCUCUAUUUGAGGGUGUGAACAUCCUCUUGGAAUCCUGCGGGCUGACAGGAAGUGAGCCGGCAGCCGAGCCGAAGGUGAUCGAAGACAAGUCCAGCAUGGUUGAUGGAAGGCACGUUCGCGUGGUGGUCUCAGAGACUGCGAGCACAGAGAAGAGUGGCUCAAUGAACAUGGCCAACGUGGCUCUCAGAUGGCUGAUUCAUCAUUCCCUGCUGAGAGAUGGGGAUGGUAUCAUCCUUGGUGUCUCAAAGGGCACACAGCUUGUAGCGAACUUGGCUGCUUGGCAGGGCGGGCCCCUUCCUGCCGAGCAGGUCGAGGCCUGUGAGCGUGCCUGGCAAGCUGCCCGCCCAGGCUGUGAGUCCUACUUUCGUGGCUACGGGGCAGCGCCUGGUGGGAUCGAGAAGUUCCUAACAACCAUCCAAGCGUCGACGAAGCCUCCUGAGAAGAAGCAGAAAGGAAAUCCUGCACCGCAAAGCUGA